CGACGCUUGAGCGUAAUCGAAUGAUAAAGUAUCGAUAGGAAAAUAAGCGGCUCUAGUUUAUACGAUAGCAAUACUUUGACUUAUCGCACAUAACUAGAUAAAAUUUGAAACAACGGCACUUCUGAAAGAAAAAAAACUCGCGUCCCUUAAAGCGUGCUUCCUCUUUGCCAUCCUUAUUGUUGUAAAUAGGAAAAAAUCAGAAGAAAAUUAACAAUUGCUGUGCGGGUGCUAGCGAAGUACAAUAAAUUCUUGUAUUGUGCAUUAGCAUUUACGAUUGAAUUGCAGCAAACAAAUUGGCGCGAACUCAAAGAAAAUGACGCUCUCAGUGUUAGCGUCGUUUGACGAUCUGCGACGCUGCAUGCAAGUGCUGACUGACGGCACCGCCGAGGAGGAAUUCCUAAGAUUUUUGCGUUUGUUCGAGCUAUAUCACGAGAAAUGCAAUGGCUAUGCCACGCAAAAUGCGCGCCUGCAAACGGAACUGGACAAAUCGUUGGCCAAGAUGGGAGAUUUGGAGGGCAAACUGUAUCAUGCGCGUCGCAUCAUUGACACCGAGAUCAAGGCCAGGCGUCAGGCCGAACACGAGCGCGACGCCAUGGAGGGCAAAAUUAUGGCCGUAGCCGAUUUGCUACGACACGAACGUAAUCUGAACAACGAGACGCGGGAUAAGUUAGCGUUUCUCCAUACACUGCCGUCGGCAUCGACGCGCAAGCGUAAAUCGUUGAACACACUGCACGAGGAUAAAUCCUAUGGGGAUAUCAAUUCAACUGGAUCUUUGCUUUCGGACUUAUCUAUAACACAUUCGGAGGAUGACUUCCUCGAUGUGCGACGCUCGAAAUCGUGGCGUGAGCAUCGCCCAUCAUUGCCCAAGAAUCCAGUACCGUGUGUGGGCAAUAAAAGGUCUCGUCUUAGCACCGGUCUUAAUACCAGUAACUUGGGUACACCAACCACAACGACGACUAAUCGUCGGUCAGGAACUGGCAUUGGAGUCGAUCAUCACACAUUGGAUGUGGGACAGGGCGCAGAGCGCUUCUGUGCCACCACGAAAGUAACAAUUCCACAGGAUGGUCAGGGUGUCAUACGUGCCGAAUCCACCAUUGAAUCGCUGCCUAUGAUCGUAACUCACGAGCGCAUUGCCGAUGUCCAGUCAUCCUCGACGCCGCGUCGUUCUGGCCUUAAGGAGGCAAUGGCGCCACCAUUGACGCCACAUAAUGCCAUGGCGACCUCAUCGCCGGCACAACAGAACCGUCCACUGAUGCGCAAGCACAGCUUUAGCCAGAAGACGUUCCUCCGUGGCGACAACUGUGUUCAGUGCCAGAAGCGCAUUCGAUUUGGUGCCGUGGGAUUGCGUUGUCGGGAUUGUCCCGUUCGCUGCCACAUCGACUGUCGCCAGCUGCUUACCGUCAGCUGUGUACCGCAGUCGGGAACACCCACGGGCAAGACUGUGAUGGGAUACCUAAGCGAUUUUGCGCCAACGAUCACACCCCGUAUUCCAGCACUUAUCGUGCACUGUGUCAAUGAGAUUGAGGCACGUGGUCUCACCGAGGUGGGCCUCUAUCGUCUGUCGUCGUCGGAGCGUGAAUACAAGGCGCUUAAGGAGCAGUUCUUGCGCGGCAAAGCGACUCCACAUCUGGGAAACACGGAUAUCUAUGUGCUAUGCUGUUGUGUGAAGGAUUUCUUGCGCACAUUGCUUGAACCUCUCAUUCCCACAAGCCAGUGGAAGGACUUUGCCAAUGCUGUACAGAAUCCAGAUAAUAAGCUAGCGGAGCAAUCACUUUACAAGGCUGUGGAACAGCUGCCGACCGCAAAUCGCGAUACUUUGGCAUUUCUCAUAUUGCACUUUCAGCGCAUUGCCAAUUGUCCAGUGGUUAUGAUGCCCCUGGAAAACAUAUCCAUGAUAUUUGGGCCCACAAUUAUGGGUUAUUCAUCGCCAAAUCCGGAUAAACAUGCCCUUUUUACCGAAACACUUACACAAAAGGAGGUAAUGAAGGCACUGCUGGAUUUACCGGGCACUUUCUGGCAGCAAUAUCUGGCCAUGGAGCAGUCACCGCCGUUGGCACCUCCUGGCAGUGCCGUCAAACGAGUUCCCAGCAACAACCGGGAUCUAUUUUCGCUAUAUGCUACCCCAUUGAAGGGCACCAUUAAGAAGCGCAAGUUUUAUGCCACUCCACCAAUGUCAGCGCAUAAGAAGUAGAUGAACUGUGUCCGUCCCCAUUCCCGACUUGACUUGGUUGGCUGACAGUAUUUUCAAUGCAUCGCAGGCGUGCUUACUUAAAUCUGCAUCAAGUAUUUCAUUUUUUUCUUUUGUUCAAUUUAGAAAGCUGCUUCUGGAAUGUAAUUAUUAAUCUUAUUUGUUUACACAAACAUAAACUGUUGGACAUUUAAAAUUUCAUUGAUUUAAAUUGUAAAAUUUUGUCUAACAGAAAUCUCAUAAUUACUUACCGUUUUCAUAAUGAAUUAUACACUGAACAAGUUUUCGAAAACGCAAAU